CAACAAUGCCCAAGUACUUUUGAACUCUCAACCAGUACAACAAAUUUAGCAUCUCAUCUCCGAGCUGAUCAUAGAUUAGAUAAAAAUGGGCCUUUAUUACCUCUAAGUGGUAUUAAAGAAAUAACCCAACCACUAACUGUUCAAUUAGAUUCAUCUCAAUCUACUCUGCCAGAAUUAUUUAGUC